CCACGCUUGCAACACUAAAGCAUCCAAUGUCAUACUUAAUGUUUUGAUUUUUCGAAAACAUCAACGGCCUAUGAAUGUUCAAUUCGGUUCCCCAUUUAAUUUUAAUUUGACAAAGUAUUAUAUAAAUCAUGAAUGGUAUACAUGAUAUGAGUGAUGAAGAAUUCGUGCCAUUUCUUCAUAGUUUGGGCGUGGAGACUUACAAAAAGUCGUUUGAAUGGAUGUUGAAUGAUCGCGAGUUCGCUAGCGUGUUGCGUUGGCUACACAACAAUUUGGAUCAUAAUAACGCUCUAACUGCACGAGAGGAAUGUCGCUUCAUUGACAUAGAGAAGAAAGGUCAACUCUUAUCCCCAGAAGAUUUAGAAGCUUCUAUAUUAAACAUACAAGAGCAGUACCAAGGAAUAUGUCUGCCGGGAGACAAGGAAGGCAAAGAGGAUGUGGAGAUGGAGAUCAAGAUGAUGCAGGAGCAGCUCCAUGUGUUGGAGAAACAGGAGAGAGUUCUUGCGGACUUGAAGAGGCAGAAUGAACAAGUAAAAGAAGAGUUAUCAUUAGAAGUAUCUAAACUGAACUCUGCGUACCAGCAGUACAAAGAGGAUGAGAGUGCAGCUGGUGAGGAGUGCCUGUCCUUAGCUAAGGAGGUGGAAACCAUCACCAAUGGUGUCAUAGAUGUGAUCUCUGAUGCUUUGGAGAUGUAUGGCAACUGUCAUUGUGAUAAGGAGACAGCUAAAAAAUUCUUCACAUUUGGUCCGUUUGAGACCUACAGGCAGUCUCAACUGUUGUUCCGGUCUCAUUUUGACCUGUACGCAUCUAAGAAGUUUAUGAAGAGACAAAAUGACACCACUUCUGAUGAAGAAUUGAGAUCUGCCUUAGUUGAAGCUAAGAGUAUGGAAGAGAGAUUAUCAGAAGCAAUGUGCUCUUACAUACAAUCAAAGGCUGAGCUGUGUGGGGAACAAGCCAAAGUGUCCUUAGUAGCCAACUACAAGGAUGUUCAUCCUAGUCAAAUAACUUCAUGUCUCAUGGAAGCACAAAGCGCGGUGGAUCUGCUGGAGCAAGAAGAGGCCAUAUUGUACCAGCAGCUGCACGGCGCUGUGAAGCAGUUGGUAGAGGAACGAACUUCGCUAGCAGUCGAGACUACGGCAUGCUGUGCUUUGGCUGUUAGGCAACAAGUCCACGCGGACCUGUCGCAGCUGCUGUCGGCCUGCCAGGCGGCGCUGCUGCUGGACCGCGGCGUGUACCUGGCGCUGCGCCGCGAGCUGCGCGCGCUGGAGGAGCUGCUGCAGCUCGCCGCGCAGCUGCGGGGGUACGUGGCGGCAGAGGCGCAGGCGGUCUGCUGCAGGAUGGAUUCUAUGAACGAGAUUUGCGCUGAACACGACGCUUGUGAAAUGAAACUCCAAUCUUCCGACAUACUGUUAGAGUCUUUGUUCCACAUAUUAGGCGUUCAAGGGAAUAACGACCCUAAUGCCUUAGUGAAGCUAUACAGCGAGCUAGAGAAUCGCGUGAAGGACUUGCAAGAGGCAGUCGCCGAUGGUUAUAAGAAGAAAGAAACUCUGUCUGAUGAUUUUAAAUCGUCAACGCAAUCUCUCCGCGCGACCCUAUGGGACGGCUGCACUACCCAGCCUCGCGCCUGGGACCGCGCGGCGGCCGCGCUCACACACGCGCUCAAACAACACAUGGACACUGUCGAUAAGAGAGUUGUCGAGGCCAGCAAUAGAUUUACUACUGUUAAGAAUGGUGACAAGCAAUGCUACAGAAAACUUUGGCAAUGGUUCCUGACGGAUCCUGCUCGUCUAUUGUCGGCACUGAAGAAUGCUAACUGUAAGGUAUUUCCAUAAUAAUGUUACUAUCUACAUACAAAGCUAUGUCUAACAUCGGCCUACAACUAUCCCACGUCUGGAAAAGGCUACGAUGUCUUUAAGUAAUAUUUUUGUCGGUGUGGAAAUGAAAUGCUGCUCUACGCCGUGUAUUGCGCUGUCAUGCUUCCACGACCAUUAUAAUAUUACUUUAAGAUGUGGUGGUAGACCCUCUGUUAAUAAAAAUAAGCUUGCUCGGUGAUUAUAUACGCGUUUCGUAUAUUCUAUGUAUCAAGUUGAUGAACACACAAUACAUGUGCACUUAUUACAGCUAUCAGAGAUAUUUAUAUUAUGUUGUCUUUGAAAGGAAGUUUGUUGUUUUUCUCAAUAUUAUACGACGCAUUUGUAAUAUAAGAUUGGUAAUUUCAGUACCUCAAAGUUUCUAAAUAAAAAGUAGCAAAUUUUUUAAGUGUUGAAUGAAUUUGAAUAUAAAACUCUAUACAAAUGUUUUUAUUGUAUUUAGCUAUUCAUUACACAACAGUUGAAACUUUUAUAGAACCUGUGUGUACAUACAGAAAAUGUUUAUUAUUAUAAGCUAUUUUUGCAUCACAAUUAUCCGAAUAUGUAAUUUAUUUUAUAGCAUUUGUAUUCAUAAGAUGUACUCAAAAUAAGUAAAUACAAAAACUUACCUCAUUUUACGCUCAACUCAGCUACAAAUAAGUGCCUUCAAUAAAACAAUGGUUGUAUAAAA